AUGCAUAGAAAGUGCUUGAAAUGCUCCGCUGAAUAUUUAGAUGAGCCCCCUCUUCAGUUUUAUAAAGGAAAGCAGAAGAAAUUACAAUAUAAUUAUUCAAAUGGAAGAAGAAAGAUUAAACCUAAAGAUACUUGUAGAAGAUUCCAAUCGAAGAAAAAGUCAAGAAAAAUACCUCGAGUAAAACGAAUAUCUUGAAGAACUUAG